AUGUCUUCCCUACUCAAUAUCGGCCAGAAAUUGAAGGGAAAAACUAAUACUUAUACAGUCAGCAAACAAUUGUAUGAGUUUGUUUUUCUAGCACAAGAUUCGAAAGAACAAAAUGUCAUUGUUAAGAGUAUACGUGGUCACUGGCGACUACAAAAUGAAGCAGAUGUGCUCAAACGGUUCCAAUCUAGAGCACCAUCUCUUCGACCGCUGAUUGAUGAGAUUUUUGAUCCUCUUGAUCCGCUAACUAUUGUUCUCAAACAUUUAGACAAUGAUCUCAUGACUGAAACUUACAAGAAAAGACUUACAAAGCCUGAACUCAAAUUCGUCGCCAGAAGAGUGUUGGAAGCUUUACAAGUUUUGCACGAAGAUGGUUACGUUCAUACCGAUGUGAAACCGGAUAAUAUCCUCGUGAAUCAUGGGAACGGCAAUGAACGCUUCUCUGAGGCUCAGCUUGCUGAUCUUGGAGGUACGGUGUCCGUAAAUUCAAAAUGGGCAAAGGAGGGCCAUAUAGUUGGGACAUCUUCAUGGCGCAGUCCAGAAGUUCUCCUCGGUAUGCCGUGGGGGAUAUCAUCUGAUAUUUGGUCUUUCGGUUGUUCGAUAUUGAUGCUUAUUUACGGCGACCAUUAUCCAUUCAAUCCUCGAAAUGGGGGUGCUGAAGUCGAUGAUGAUGAGUAUGAUUUUGGGGUACUGAUGAAGCAUCACCAGUACUUAGGCCCAUUUCCAAUUUCAUUUGGUGAAAUUGCAGACGAGGGGACACAGAACGCGAUUGUUUUAGCAAUGAAAGCAGUGGCACCUGAGAAAAUGAAGCCAUUACCCAUGAUCACGCAGAAGGAGAUUCCCAAGGUUGAUAAUAUUUUCCUGCAAAAGAUUCUCAAGUUGGAUCCCCGCGAUCGACCGACUGCAAAGCAGAUCUUGGAGGAUGAGUGGUGGGAAACUGAUUAG